UAGGCCGCGAGCCAGAUGUGGGGCGGGAGGGCAGGGGCCUUGCUCCGGGUGUGGGGGUUGUGGCCAGCAGGGGUUCUCGGAAGGAGACCGCUGGGCUGCAAUGCUGCAUCGCUGGCGGGAAGCAACUCCCCCAGGUGUUGGAACUGCGGCGGCCCAGGGGGCUCCAUGCGGGGGGACGGGUUCUUCUGUCCGCAGUGCCGCGCGCUGCAGCCACCUGACCCCACUCGAGACUACUUCAGCCUCAUGGACUGCAACCGCUCCUUCAGAGUUGACACUGCGAAGCUCCAGCAAAGGUACCAGCAACUGCAGCGUCUUGUCCACCCAGAUUUCUUCAGCCAGAGGUCUCAGACUGAAAAGGACUUCUCAGAGAAGCAUUCAACCCUGGUGAAUGAUGCCUAUAAGACCCUUCUGGCACCCCUGAGCAGGGGACUAUACCUUCUAAAGCUCCAUGGAGUACAGAUUCCUGAAGGGACAGAUUAUGAAAUGGACAGGCAUUUCCUCAUGGAAAUAAUGGAAAUGAAUGAGAAACUCACAGAAGCUCAAAGUGAAGCUGCCAUGAAAGAGAUUGAAUCUGUUGUCAGAGCUAAACAGAAAGAAUUGACUGACAAUGUGACCAGAGCUUUUGAACGAGAUGAUUUUGAAAAAGCCAAGGAAAUUUUAACAAAGAUGAGAUACUUUUCAAAUGUAGAAGAAAAGAUCAAGUUAAAGAAGAUUCCUCUCUAAUUGUUGCUAAUUUUGAAGUUUUAAAAAUAAAGUGCUUGUAUAUUUCUU